AUGGCGUUUUGGUGGCCUCUGGUUGUUAUCGCUUUCGCUUUCGCGAUCUGCAAAUUACUCCUCAUGCUCAUUCCUUCCAAUGUACCUUCGAUUGACGUUGACAUCUCUGAUGUCGUGGAUGAUGGGAAUCAAACGAAGGAAAACAACUUCAUCUAUAUACCUUCGCGAAGACAGACAGAUAAAGUCCAAUGCUAUGAACCUGCAACAAUGAAAUACUUGGGCUUUUUUCCUGCAUUGAAACCAGAUGAGGUUAAGGAGCGUGUUUCACUGGCUAGGAAGGCUCAAAAGGUUUCAUCGCGUGACACUGGAAAGACCAUGGUUGAUGCGUCUUUGGGAGAAAUUAUGACAACCUGUGAGAAAAUCACCUGGCUUCUUUCUGAGGGUGAAAAGUGGCUGAAACCCGAAUACAGAUCAUGUGGAAGAUCAAUGCUUCACAAGACAGCCAGAGUGGAAUUUCAUCCGCUUGGUGUAAUUGGAGCCAUUGUUUCGUGGAACUAUCCAUUUCAACACAUAUUUAACCCAAUGUUGGUUGCAGUAUUCUCAGGGAACAGUAUUGUGAUUAAGGUCAUAACAGGGUUUGCUGAGACAGGAGAAGCCUUGGUGUCUUCAGUUGACAAGAUGAUUUUUGUUGGGUCACCUGGUGUCGGGAAAAUGAUAAUGAGGAAAGCUGCGGAUACAUUGAUAUCGGUUACUUUUAAGCUCGGUGGGAAAGAUGCCUUUAUUGUCUGUGAAGAUGUUGAUGUGCAGCAUGUUGCACAAAUUGCUGUAAGGGGUGCUCUGCAAUCAAGUGGGCAAAAUUGUGCUGGUGCUGAGAGGUUCUAUGUUCACAAGGACAUCUAUACCUCGUUUACUGUUGAAGUUGUCAGAAUUGUAAAAUCUGUUACUGUUGGUCCUCCACUAAUUGGGAAAUACGACAUGGGAGCAGUAUGCAUGCAAGAGCAUUCUGAGAAGCUCCAGAGUCUGGUAAACGAUGCACUCAACAAAGGAGCGGAAAUUGUUGGCCGAGGAAGUGUUGGGAAUAUUGGUGAAGGAGCAGUCGAUCAGUACUUCCCUCCCACUGUAAUUGUAAAUGUCAACCACAACAUGAAAUUGAUGCAAGACGAGGGCAGCCAGAAGCGGGCCAGAGAAAUAGCUUCUCAGUUACACUGUGGCAUUCCUGUUGAUUUUGCAGCAAGCUACAUGUGUCAGUCUCUUCCCUUUGGUGGUGUAAAAGACAGUGGAUUUGGAAGGUUUGCUGGCAUUGAGGGUUUGCGAGCUUGCUGUCUUGUAAAAUCCGUGGUUGAGGACCGUUGGUGGCCACUUGUUAAGACUAAGAUCUCUAAGCCUAUUCAGUACCCCAUCUCGGAAAACGGUUUUGAAUUCCAAAAAUCACUUGUGGAAGCAUUGUACGGGCUAAACGUGGGGGACCGUGUGCGGGCAUUAGUGGAUGUUUUGAAGAUGCUUUCCGAACCAAAUGCUUCCAAGUCCAGUAAGCGAAAGGACUAA